UCGUGCCUGUACGUGCGACGAGUUGUCAGUAAGCUCGCGCCCAUAGCUGUAUUUUGACGUAUCCAUCUAUGUGCGACGUUCUGCGUGCAAUCGUGUUAGACGUUUUGUUCCUUGAUAUAUUGCCGUGCAAUAUUUUUUUUAACUCUCUACAUUCGGGAUAUUCUGAAUUAAAUGGUGAACUAUGAGUUAUCUGACAUGGAAAAAAAAUCAGUUCGAAAAUUCAACCAUCCGCGCAUUUGAUUUACUUGAAGCGCCCCAUAUGUGUGUACUCCGGAACGUCAUGGUGUGCGAUCGGUGCGCAAGUAUGCGUCAACGUCUACCCUCUUCCCUCCGCGCCGCGUAACGGCGUAACGUCGUCGGCCCCGACGGUUAUCAUAAUUGCGUUUUCACCGACAUUUUCUUGGAUUAAAAUCCGCGUUCGAUUGUCAACAUACGUAUAUGAAACGCAUUUUUCCGUCGUUUAACACCGAGAUAAUAUUUCAUUCGGGAACGCAUACGUAAAAUUGUUAUAAUUGAAUUUUUUUAAUGAGAUUGUCAUAUGAUUCGGGCACGUAGUAGAAAAAAAAACACCGAGUUUACGUGCGCUAUCAGAAACUUGCGGCUAUAUAGAACGAGCUGCUGUUAUCUGUCACCUGCUGAAAAGCUCCUACAAGGAAUACUCUCAAGUGCCUCGUAGUAAUAAUUAUUAUUAUAUCAAUAACAAUAACGUUAAUAUACUUAUAAAAAUAAUAUUCGGUUUAUUUGAUCGAGCGAAAUGUCAUUCUUUGGAGUAAAUGUUAAUCCCUUCUCAACUCCGGUUGGACAGAGAAUCGAACAAGCUACCGAUGGAAGUCUGCCUAGUGAAAAUUGGGCUCUCAACAUGGAAAUAUGCGACAUUGUCAACGAAACCGAAGAUGGCCCACGAGAUGCAAUCAAAGCUAUUAAACGCAGACUCAAUCAAGCUGCGAGCAAAAAUUACACGGUCGUCAUGUAUACUCUUAUAGUAUUGGAAACAUGCGUCAAAAAUUGUGGCAAACGCUUUCACACACUCGCCUGCAGUCGUGAUUUCGUUCAAGAUCUGGUUAAAACCAUUGGACCAAAGAACGAACCUCCAACAGUCGUUCAGGAAAAAGUUUUAAGCCUCAUUCGUACCUGGGCUGAUACCUUCCGUCAUCAACCACACGCCCAAGGUGUUUGUCAGGUCUAUCAGGAACUCAAAGCCAAAGGAAUACAAUUUCCUAUUACUGACCUGGAUACCAUGGCUCCUAUCAUUACACCUGAGAGGAGCGUACCAGAAACUGAACAAACAUCCGCAGCGAACAUGGGACUUGGGAGUGGAUUGGCACAAGGACAAACGCCAGUGGUUCAAGCCGGGGCGACAAUGCCGACGCAUCCUAGCCAAGGAAAAGAGGAUGCGAUUGGAGAAGAGGCGAAUCAUCAACAGCAACAGCCGACGUUGCAUCAUGGAAAUCCAUCAGCAGGUGGAGCGUUGAACAUCGGUGUUUCCGGACAGCCGCUGCACGAGGAACUUAUAGCGAAACUGCGAAGUGAGCUCGACGUGGUGCAAGGCAACAUGACAGUUUUGUCUGAGAUGCUAGCUUAUCUGACGAGUCCUGAGCAAACCGCUGGAAAUCGGCAGCCGGAGGCUGCUGAUCUUGAACUUUUGCAACAGCUGUAUGCAACCUGCAAAUCCAUGCAAGAGCGCGUGGUAGAAUUGAUCGGCAGACUCGUUGAUGACGAAAUGACCGCUGAACUUUUACGUAUCAACGACGAGCUCAAUAAUCUUUUCUUACGUUACUCUCGUUACACUAAAAAUAAGGUCGGAGGCCAACAACCCGCAGCUGCGAGCGCUAUUCUCGCUCGAACCAUCGGUCAACAACCUUCGGCAGUCGGCAACCCCCUUUCUGGCCCACAUUCCACUCCGAGCAAACGAACCGGCGAACCUGACUCUCUUAUCGAUCUCUCGGACGGUGUCGAUUCUCUCAAUACUCAGAUUUCCGAUUUAGGUAUUUCCGGAGACGGCCCGAUGGCCGCAAGAGGAGGAGCGGCAGCUCCGGGACACCACAAGGACAAGGAGCACGACAGCGACGAGUUCGAUAUGUUUGCUCAGUCUCGAAAUGCUACUUACGAAACAACAAAAAAUAGUGGUAGUAAGUACGAGGACAACAUGGAAUCAGUGAGUGAAGGUGUCGGUCUAAGUACGGCGAUUCUCAAUCGUGCCAAUCCAAAACCAAGUCCCCAGCAUCAGCAACACAACGCCGCAACCGGCAUUCCUCCUUCGAGUACUUCAAACCCGAGCCGAGAGUCCGAGUUCAACGAAAUGGCCGCGUGGUUAGAUCAUACGCCUGGGGAUCGAGGUGACACGGAGUCAUUGACGUCGUCGGAAUUUGAGAGAUUUUUAGCUGAACGUGCAGCUGCAGCGGAAGCACUUCCGACUCUGCCAGUUGUAACUGCAGCCCCAGCGCAAAGUUCGACCUCGAGCCCAGCCCCAGGCUCGACGGGCACGAAUAUCCAACGUCAGAUAAACAAGGACCAGGACAAGUCGCUCUUCGCCCUUUAAUCAAAGCUGCUUCCUUAGCGUGUCGAUCGAGAUCGGGAACUCGGUCAUUUUUUGCUUCUACGUACUUACACACAAACUCGCACACCAACAAGUUGACACUAAACACACGUACGAACACGAAUACAAGCAAAAAACGAAGGCGAACAACCACGGAAAAACUACGGAAAUAACACAAGCGGGGAAGAAUUAUUGUUAUACGUAAUAAGUCAAAAUUGAACAAGAUCGAUCGACGAUACGUUGGUAAUAUUAGAUAUUUAUAUAUGAAAUAUAAUAUUAUACAUCUAUGAUAUAUAAUAUAUAAAAUAUUAUAAAACAGACUAAGUCAAUUGAAUUGAAACGAACGAAUAUUUCGAAAAGAAAGCCUUUAACAAAGAGAUGGUUGAUAUCUUAAAUAUCGAGUUUUUAGAGGCGCAAAAAAUAUAUUUCUUCUUUUGUAACUAUAAUCUGAAUCAAUCCAAUGAAUUAUUCCAUGAGUUGACCCAAUCGACAGAUCUUGAGGUGGUGAACUCACUUUUUUUAAAUCAGAAUUUCUGUUUUUCUCAGUAAUUUUGUUUCCGAUUCCAUUAUAAAAUGUUUUUAAGUAUAAUUAGUAACUGCGAAUAAAACUGUAGAUUUCUGAUUUCAAUAAACAGAGUUGAGUAUAAAAUAACGUCGAAAACGUCGUUCGGCGACAAUUGUAAGAAUUUUCACGCUCAUUGCCUUUGAAUCCAGCUUCAAUGUAGAUCUUCACCUAGUGAAAUGCUUCUCUUCGGAUUAUUCAUCGUCUCAACCUGGAUGACCCACUCUGUGCGUAAUGUUAUAUGUAAUAUAUGAAAUAACAUUUAUAAUAUUAUAUAUAUAUAUAUAUAUAUAUAUAUAUAUAAAUAUACAUACAGAGUAUCCUUGCAACCGAUGGUUGUAAACGUACCGUUGAGGCCGUUAAGAAUGAAGUAAAAACAUGGGAUCAAUAUUGCGCUCACUGCGAGCCAACGUCCAACGAUUUAAGAAUUAUCGAAAAAACAACCUCGCGUUCCAAGGUUGUCCAUUAAUUUCCUUUUUCUGAAUAAACAACUCGAAAUAUUGGUCUCCUCAUUUUACUUUUAAUUUUCAAACGAAGAGACUACAGUUGAUGAAAGCGCCCAGCUUCGUUAACUGUGGCAAUUGAUCACUUCGACCCGGCGAUUGUGAUGGAAAAAAAUGUCCAACUUUACAACCAUUUCGUUAUAAUAUUAACUAACGACAUCGCCGACCAUCGAUUGCGGCUUAUCCUGUAUGCAUAUUAUAAAUAUUAUCUGAAAUAAAGCAGCGCGUUAUCUCGGUUGCACCGCAUUUAGUUUCACAUUUAGGGCGUAGGUGACACUAAUUUAUGUUAUUUGUAUAUAAAAGCGUAAUCGCGUUCACUACUACCGCUACAUACAUUGCUGAUCUACUGUAACUUUCUAUAGUGUAUUUGAAAUUCUCUCCUGAAACUUUUGGAAUACACUCAUAGUGACACCACUCGACACGUGCACGGAUGACGUACGGAAUAUAAUAAAUAAAUCUAUAUAUAUCGAUGUGUAUACACAACUGUUUUAAAUGAAAGAAAGAAAAAAAAAGCGAAAAGAAACUGAAUCUGAAAAUAAUUCAAAGGAUAAUUAAGAGAGAAAAAACGAAGAAUCGUUGUGUUGCAAGGCCGGAGCCCCGCGCGCGUGUGUGUCUAAAAUUUGGGCUUUUACACCGCACAAAGCAACGAAAAGAUAAAACGUUAAAACUACCUGUCUCGAAAAUAAAUGUAUAUGUUCGCUGUGUUUUUUCGGCAUGUUGCAAUUACUACAUUGGUACUGGAAUUGGCAUUAUUUAAAUGUACAUUUAAUUAUGUAACGAAUAUUAUAUUAUUGGCGACGAGCGCGGUGGAUCCAAAGAAAUCCCAUAAUAUUGAAAAAAAAAAAAACGAAAAAGAGAAAGGUAGCUGGAGACAACGUCAAAAUAUGCAACAUAUUUUUAAGAUGCUAAUAGAGACAGCUGUUGGCGAUGAAACUCGAAUAAAUAUAACUAUAUGCUGAAAAAAACUAA